AUGUCAAGUCAAAAUGAAGAAGAAAGCGACGUCCAAGAUGUUGACAUCAUCAGUAAAUACACCAGUGAUUACAAUGGUGAACAAUCAAGUCAACAACCCUAUUAGGAAUCACAUGAAUAUGAAAGAGUUGCUGAUGAUAUUAAAUCUGAUUACAUAUCACAUCAAGAAUCAUUCUUUGCUAAAUAACAACCUCCACUUUAGAAUAAUAAUAAUAAUGCAGAAAACGAAGAAUUUGUUAAAUUAUGUCUGAAGAAGGCAUCUGCAAUCAAUGAGUAAAUUAUGAUCCAAAGGAAACAGCUCAAAGAUCAAUUCAAAGAGUUUUAGAAUACAAUAAACGCUGCAAGAAGCAACCUUAAAGAUUAUGAUAUGCCUUAUCAGACGGCUCAUUUUCCUUUAUAUUUAAAGACCUAAGAAAAAUUUGUGGUGUUGCCUGCCUAAAAUCUAAAUAUUAGGAAAGGGACGGUUGAAUCCUUCAUUAAAACCAAUUUGGAAAAUGAGAAUUCAGUUAAGAAAGCAGAGCAAGACAAAAGAGUGGCAUUUAAGCAACGAAGACCAUAUUAGAGAAGAAAAUUCGAUUCUUGA